GCAGUGGGAACAGUCGUCCACCCAUCUGUUGGCUCUGGUUCGCCGUAACGCUUAAAAAACCACGACACUCGCUCUCUGGUUUGUGUGUUUUUCUACAUAUUAUAAACUGCUGGCUGAUCAGAUCGAGGCUGCGAACAAAGAACACGUCUCCGAUGCGCUCAAAGCGAACCUAUUCCACCUUAAAUUCCAUUUGCGUCUGCGUCGGAGAACCAUAGGCGCCAUCUUCGGUCUACCUUAAGCGCACAAUGUGGCCAACCAACGCAGGCGUACCAGCCAGGCUUCCGUCCUCAUUCUCCUGCCGGGGAACGCACUCCGGCUCCAGCGUCACUUCAGAGACAACAGAGGGGGAAGGAGAAGGAGACGCACCCGGGCCAAACCCCCAUCCCGCACCCGCCGCAGGAGAAGAUGUCCGAGCCCAAUAAGUACCGAGAGUGGAUCCUGGAAACAAUCGACUCCCUCCGCUCCAGGAAAGCGCGUCCAGACCUGGAGAGGAUCUGUCGAAUGGUCCGGAGACGACACGGGUCAGACCCGGACCGAACCAGGACAGAGCUGGAAAAACUGAUCCAAGAGCAGACGGUGCUCAAAGUUAGCUACAAGGGCUCCAUAUCGUACCGGAACGCGGCCAAGGUGCAGAGGAAAAGCCGAAAGAAGAGUGAGUUUAUCACGGCGGCUGUUGGCGGUGGCGGCGGCGCGGAGGCAGCAGCGAGGGAGCGGACCAAACACGACCAUCUGAACAACAACGGCGACAGUGCGCACAGCUUCACCGACCAGGAGGAGGGAGAGGAGCCGGAGCCCAGCCCAGAUCCCCACACCCAGACAUCAGGCACGAAGCUCAAGCCUGCCUCCAGCCGAAGUAGCGGAAACGGGUGCCUCAACUGUGGCGCAACAACGGGCUGCGCUGUCGGGAGCGGCUGCAAAGAAGAGAAAGCAAGUGCACCGAGAGACAAGGGAUUAGAACAUCAGGCAGCGGGGGGCUGCCCGGAGCCCGGUGUCGGCCACGGAACGAGCGCGCACGGCGACGGCAGCAGGGCGACGCCGAGCAGGAGCGAUGCUGUCUGCGGAGGAAUGGAGCCGGGUCCGUCCGGAGCUGAGAGCCAGAACAAAACUUACACCGGGAGCGUCGGCAGCCUCCCGCAACAACAACAGAGGCAGCCCGCGCCCCUCAAGCCCAAACUUCGAGUCGGAGGAGGGGGCACCCGAGCGGCGGGGACCCACGCCAACUCCUCCGACCUGGGCGACAGGCUGGUGGCUUCUGUUCGCCGCCUGUCCGAGAGGAGCCACCGAGGGGGCUCCGCCGCUGCCGCCUCUUCCACCGCCACGACCAGAGGCCACAUGAAGCCGCUCGGACUCAAGGAGAUCCUGGGCUACCUGAGCAGCCAGGAGCAGCUGUCGGAGGAGAAGCUGACCCGAGGCAAAGUCAAGGUGGUCAUGGAGCGAGAGGUGGCGAGAGGCCGGCUGCGCAGGACCCGCUGCGGGAACAUCACUCUUCCCCUGAGGGGGAUGGUGAUGGUGGAGGAGCCGGCGUCGAAGAAGAAUGCGUCCGCGGACAGACUUGGGAAGAGCGCACUGCAGGAGAAGCACACACCGACGAAGAAGCCGCCGCCCUCGUCUCCUGUCCAGGAGCAUGAGCCAAUGGAAACAAGCAGCGAAGAAGUGGAACGGGGAGAGAACGAGGAAGAGGAGGAGGAGGAGGACGCUGAUGAUCCCCGGAGUUCGGAUGAAGAGGGAGGACCAUCGCCUGUAGCCAUGACAACCGAACCAGGGCUCACGGAGAAGCCCGCAGAAGAUGCUGAGAUCCAGGCAGUGUCAAAGGAGGGGAGCCCCCAUCAGCAGCAACAGCACAGUGGCAAAGCGGCUCUCUCAGGGGUGGAUUCCCUCGCCAGGACACCGUCCCCACCUGUUCAGGGAGUUGUCGAGGUGUUGCAGUGUAACGGUGCACGCUUGGAGGAGAGAGCUUACCUCCCAGAUCAGCCGCAUAUGGCAGCACAAACACAGAGCCAGCCGCAGCAUGAUGGGAUCAACCACACCUCCUCAGGCUUCAACAACAUGGAGUGUAUGACAGAGGUCGGUGUGUCGUCCUGCCUGCUCACACCCACCGCCUCCCCGAGAGACUCCGGCCUGUCUGAGGAGCUAGGGAUAAAUGGAGGCGUUAGCAGUGGAGGGUUCAUGAAGUGUGAGGGGGCCAGUGGAAGCCCGGUGGACUGGACGGUGUCUGAUGUGGUCAGCUAUUUCACAGCAGCAGGUUUCCCUGAGCAGGCUGCUGCCUUCAUGACCCAGGAAAUCGAUGGCAAGUCUCUGCUCCUCAUGCAGCGCAAUGAUGUUUUGACUGGCCUGUCAAUCAGGCUCGGCCCUGCCCUCAAGAUCUAUGAGCGGCAUGUGAAGGUUCUGCAGAAAACACAUUUUGAGGACGACGACUGCUAACGACGUUCAAUGGAAAUACACACAGUUGUGUUUGUGUCUACAUAUUAACUCAAGUUAUAUAAAAACGCAUGCACGAUAUACAGUAUAGACUUUACUUUUCAUCUCAACAAACACACACACCUCUGUUUGUCUUUCCCCUCGUCCCCUACGACUGCUCGAGACCAUCAACAAGGAUUUUCUACUAAACUGAGAGCAAACAUCGGCAGGAGAAAGCAGACUUUGAAGAUGCAGGAGGUUCAAGACAGUCAUUUAGUUUUUUAUUUACAACGAUCAAGCACUUUGCAUUUUCUUGAUAUAACCCUGCAAGAUGGUUUUUCCAUAAACUGUUCUUUCAUGUUGACCUUUAUGCACAUUUUGAAUGAGGUCCUCUUUUUCGGCAUUGACUUUUUUUUUUUUUGUGGCUGGAAUGCAAUAGUUUCUUGCCGUGGGCGCGUGUAAGUUGAUACACACAUGGACGCAGCAUGUUGGAUUGAACAGCGACAUUAUAAGUUGACCAGAGUGGAAGGAUGAGAUUCUGUUUUGUUGCUGCUGACCCAUCGUAGUCCUCAAUGUCAAGAUCAAAUCUGGUGCAAUAAGCAAUAAGCUGAUGAUUUCCCUACACCUCUGAGAGGGUGCAGCACCAAGUCAGCUCAUUGAUCAGCAGGUGGUGGAUUUUUAAGAUAAAAGUGUCAAUCAUAAAUAUGCUCAUAAUGUUUUAAACAGAGUCGGCAAUGAUCUCUGGUCUAUGCAUGACCAAAUCAGUGUCUGCUUUCACCAAGAUAGACUUUGACUGUGGCUUAAAAGUCAGAUGCCUGAAUUUAUCUCCUGCACAAAUAGUGACCAAGUAAAACUAAUUUGCUAUGAGCAGUGGGUAGAUCACAACUUUUUUAAAACUAAAACAUGACUGACUGGACAACACUCAGCUCCAUUCACCCCAACAGAAAACAUUUGCCUUCUGGAAGGAUAUAAUGUUUUUAAAGUGCAUACCUCCACCAAGGCCCAACAAUCCCCUCAUGAAACCACAUUUAAAUUCACCAAAUUCAGAAUAUCAGUCCUCUAAACAUAAAUUUAAAUCAUGUUUUUUAAAAUUUUUUAUUCUCUGAUAAAUCAAUGAAAAUGCUGAAGAUUCAGCAGAGAAGAACCUUCAUUAGAAUAAAAUUGUCAGUGUGGUGGCGAGCUGAGAUGAGGUGCUGUGUCUUCAGGACGCGGUACCUCUGCAAGCUCAUCACUCAGGAUCAGGACUGGGAUUCACCAGUUCCUUACAAACCCAUCAUGAAGUUUGUAUUUGAAAUCUUUGUUUAAAAGUUUAUAUUGACUGCUGAACUAGUUUACUUAAUCAGGUUGCCCCAUUAAAACAGAUCUUAACUGGUUAAGUUAAUUACUAAUGUGUAAAUUGACAGCCUAAGUGCCUGUGGCAGAACAAUGAACAGUUUAAAACAGGAAGUUAAUGGCGGAUUAAACAAUAAAAACAAAAUUGCAAACAUGUAGCAUUCAGAAGUAUGGGUUUAUGUUGUUUAUAUUUACAUUACGGAAAAAUGUGUAUUUAAAAGUAAGACGUAUUAAUUCAGUUUAGAAUGAGGGGGAAAUAAUAGUGAUAAGAAAAAUGUCUGCCAAGACUGACACCCUAUCUUCAUUAAGUUAAAGAAAGGUCUGUCCCUUUCUACGGAUAUGUGCCAAAAUCUAAUGGAGAUUUUCUUGGCCCAUGUCCCAUCCUUCCACCAAAUUCAGUGGAAAUCAGUUUUGUAUUUUAUCCAAAAUCUUGUUGACAAACACACAAACGUACAGGAGCGUAAACAUAACCUCCUGGGUGGAGCUAAUCUCUACAUUAAACCCACAUCAGACUAAUCUAAUAACAAAACAAAGACUGAUCUAACACCAGUCUGAAAAUGUAUUUUUAAAUGUUGAUCAAACACACCAGCCAACUGAACUGAACAAUCAACUCUCCACUGUGUGUAGUGGGGUGAAUAUGUAAAUAUACUGAAAUACUCCAAUCAAUACGUCAAACAUUUUGAAUCACUGGAAUAACUUUAAGGGAAAUAUGCUGAAGCGAAGUCAAUCAAUGAACUAAUCUCAUCCCACCAGAAAUAAUUUUUAAUACUGGUCCUCCCUCCCAGCCCUGUAACAACAUACAUUCCAUGUCUUUUUAUUUUAGUCUCUGUUUCAUUUUUCAGCACAUUUCUUUUUAAACCGCCUCUACCUCUCUCCCCUCAUUUCUCCCUUUACCUCCACUUUUUCUUUUCCAGGAACACCUAUUCAGGUUACUACUCUUGUUGGAAGGUGUGUGUUGCAGUGGUUGUUGCCGCUGCGUACGUCAAUUCAUUCGUUUCUGCUCUCAUGUGAAGGAGAGGAUGGCUGCGUUUGAGUCUCACACAGGGGAUGAUGUACAGUCGCCUCUGUUGCUUGUCUCCUGUUAUUUGUUGAAGGACGAUUUUUAGU